AAGUUUUAUAGCUCGAUGCUCCGGUCCACGACUCACGUUCUCCUCCGUAGAAUUCAUUCCUUGGGACCCGUAUCGUCCUUUCUCUUGUCAAGGCAGAUCUUAUCCCAUAAAAGGCAAGCCUUUUUGUUCUCCUCGCAGGUUUCGUUAGUUUCUUUGUUAUCUCCGCCAAUCAAGACCGGUUUAUUGGGGCCAGUGUUGUGUGAUUUGCAAUCGGUUCGUGCAAUGGCUAGCCAAUCCUCGAAAAGCACAGUCCAUGAUUUCACCGUCAAGGAUGCUAAGGGAAACGAUGUUGAUCUCGGCCAGUAUAAGGGGAAGACCCUCUUGAUCGUCAAUGUCGCAUCCCAAUGUGGCUUGACUAAUUCUAACUAUACUGAGCUGAGUCAGUUGUACGGGAAAUACAAAGAUCAAGGAUUUGAGAUUUUGGCAUUCCCAUGCAAUCAGUUUGGAGCUCAGGAGCCAGGGAACAAUGAACAGAUCUUAGAGUUUGCUUGCACUCGUUUCAAGGCUGAGUACCCUAUAUUUGAUAAGGUGGAUGUGAAUGGUAAAGAAGCUGCUCCGUUGUACAAGUUCUUGAAGUCUAGCAAAGGUGGCCUAUUUGGAGACAAUAUCAAGUGGAAUUUUUCAAAAUUCCUGGUCGAUAAAGAUGGGAAUGUUGUUGACCGUUAUGCCCCCACAACUUCCCCUCUCAGCAUUGAGAAAGAUAUAAAGAAGCUGUUGGGGACUGCUUGAGUGCUACGAACUGCUUCCUCAACUCUUAGUAGAUAAACGCUUUUACUGCUAUGAAUAAACAGCAUAAUGUGAAUCUUUCCUUAUGUGACCAUGUCUCUCUCCUUACUACUGGAUAUUUGCUAAAGUUGUUUUUGUUUAUGUAUAAAUAAAAAGCCGUAUCUGCCAUAGAAAAAAUGAGGCCAUGGCUUGUUCUGUAAAUGAGAUUUUACUGAAGUAGACACAGUCCUAGUGAUAUAAAUCAGAGCAUGUUGAAGCCUAA